AUGGGCCUAUUCAAGCGUAAGGACUCGAGAAAUUCGGUUCAAAGUGAUCGAGAUGAGGAUUCCUUCGUCACCGUCAAUAGUGCUCGCACCUCCAAUACAUCCCUCAGAUCACCGGGUUACAAGGGUAGCGGCCUCCCGGCUUCUAUCCCCGAGAUGCCAAUUGCGAGUCCCCCAGAUCCAGCUUUGGACCCUGCGGCCUAUCUUCGGAGUAUUCAUGCAGUUCGUGAACGCGCCAACAUUGUUUUGAAUCGGGCAAAGCGAAAUCAACUCAAUCAUUUCGAUGUCGACAUGACCAAAUUUCAAGCUACUGCUUCUUAUAUCGUAUCCAUAAUCAAGAGAGACUAUGCGCCAGACUAUGAAACUAUCCCGCCGCAUGGUCGUUGGCAACAUUUCGAUGUGGGCGGUCGUCCUCGGAUCAACCAGCUCUUACAAUCGUGGCCCAGUCGCAUCGAUGCGCAAGAGCGCACACGUCGUUUAAUUGACUUAUUCGUCGUUUCAGUCCUUCUAGAUGCAGGCGCGGGCACCAAAUGGUCCUACCGCUCAAAAGAAUCCGGCAAGGUCUACUCGCGCAGUGAGGGUCUUGCCGUCGCCAGUUUGGAGAUGUUCAAGUCCGGUUUAUUCAGCAGUGAUCCCACAGAGCCGUGUCAGGUGGAUGGUGCUGGAUUGAAGAAUGUUACUGUUGAGAAGUUGGCGAAGGGCAUGCAACAUUCCGAACAGAACCCUCUUGCUGGUGUUGAAGGACGUGCGGGUUUACUGGUACGGCUUUCGGAGGCUUUGAAUAACCAGGACUUCUUUGGUGUGGAUGCUCGCCCUGGUAACAUGCUCGACUUCCUUUUGGGUCAUCCCUCUACUCUCGCUUCUUCUGUACCUAUAGUUCCCAUCACUACGCUUUGGUCAGUUCUGAUGGACGGAUUCUCCUCUAUUUGGCCACCAUCGCGAACACAGAUUGAUGGUGUCUCUAUUGGAGAUGCCUGGGAGUGUUCUGAUCUGCCAAAUUCACCACCCGCACAACAAUGGGAGAGCAUCAUUCCAUUCCACAAAUUGACCCAGUGGCUCUGCUACUCAAUUAUGGUCCCCAUGUCCAAACUGAUGCAUAUUCACUUUGCCGGCAGUGAUCUUUUGACAGGACUACCAGAGUAUCGGAACGGUGGUCUUCUGAUUGACAUGGGACUCCUCAUACUGAAGGGCCCCGAUAUGGAGCGCGGCAUCCGGGCAUUCAAGGAGAACGGCCAGAUCAAGGGACAACCGAAUAUGGAGGUUGUACCACUUUUCUCUACAGACGACGACGUUAUUGUGGAGUGGCGAGCAGCCACAGUGGGAUUUUUGGAUGAGCUGUUAGACGAGGUCAAUACGCAACUGGGACUUAGUGGUUCAGAAGACCAAUUAUCACUAGCCCAGAUGCUGGAGGCUGGUUCUUGGAAGGGUGGCCGUGAAAUCGCCGAAGUCUCUAGGCCCAACACCAAAGAGCCUCCUAUCAUGAUCCGUUCCGAUGGCACGGUCUUCUAA